UCAAAUUGCCGAUAACUCUGAUAAUUCCGCGAAUUCCUUCGCGAUUUUGCGAAUUCUUUCACCGAGUCUUUCACUCAUUUAAUUUUGUAAAUUACCCGCUUUCCCUUGCCGUUCCUCUCCGCUGAGGUAAUGAUAGGAAGUUACAACAGUUCCUCCUAUAAUCAUUGAAAAUUCAUUUAUAUUAUCACGCCGCCGGGCAGAAUCAUCAAGUAGGUAAUUAUGCUCUCUUGUUGUGUUGAAUUUUAAGCUUCUCUGGAGGCAUGGAAAACCUUACCUCUUGCGUGAAUGUUUUCCUUUACACUGAAAAUAACUUCACGAAAGUUUUCUACGAAAAUGAUUCUACUGCAGAGGAUAUCAUUAUCAACUUGUGCCGGAAGCUAAAAAUUGGGCCAGUCUACCGGCACCUAUUUGGUCUUCGCUUCUCGAAAACAAGCACUUGGAUCAGCUCAUGUCACAAGUUUAUCGAUGGAAAGCCAAACUGCGAUUUCGAACUUAGGAUUAGGUUCAAGGUGCCCAGCUGGCGAAGGCUUCCAUCUGCAGACUUCAACGCAUUCAAUUACUAUUACUGUCAAGUUAAGUUUGACGUGAUAAACAGCAAAGUUCCUGAUAUAACCUAUGAGAGACACAAGCGGGAACUCUCAGGACUCGGUGUCACUGACAUGUACAGAGACAUAAUCGAGAACGGAAUAUCUAGGAAAGAUGUGGAGUCAAAUUACAAGAAAUAUAUUUCCAAAGAAGUCCUAAGGAAUCAUUUUAUAUUUGUGAAGAAACCAAUUCAUAGAAGUCUAACGAAGUUGCUCGAGACAGAAACUAAACAUGAUGUCGAAUUCAUUAAAUUUGCGUACUUGGAGCAGUUUGAUGAGCUUGCACCAAAUUAUCUAGCAGAAGAAUAUGUAGCUCAAACUGAUGAUGGGGGCACCACGAAGAAUGUUACAAUCAUCGUCUACCCAUUCAGCCGAGAACACCCGGGAAUCAGGAUGUGCUUUGAAGGAAAGAAAGAGUGGCAACAUCUAUGUUUAAUAGAUGAGCUGUGUUACAUCUCCAUGCGUACUGACCGGACUGUCGAAAUUUCCCGCAAGAAUGGUGUGCCAACAUAUUUUAAAUUCCGGUCGCUACUGGAUGUCACUUCUUUUGUAUCUCUCCUGGAUGGCUACUAUCGGCUAAUGGUCAAGUGGACUUUCAAUCUGUGUAAAGAUACAAUAACACCCUCGUUGCAAGAACUACAUGCUUUGAAGUGUCAUGGUCCAAUCAGCGGAGAGUUUUCGUAUGCCAAACUAGAAGAAAAACGCAACAAUAAAGCUGGCUGCUAUAUUCUUCGACAGAGUGAUACCAGCUACGACACUUAUUAUGUGGAUGUAUGCCUCCCAAAUAGCCGGAAACCGAGCACGUACAAAAUUGAAACUCUGAGCAGCCAUGAGUAUACUUGGGCUGUUGACAAUAAUGUGUACGCUUCAUUGCAGGAGUUGGUCGCAUCAAAUCGCGCUUCUAGUUCUCCUGUUCCUUUGAUUGAGUGUGUUCCACCUUCUGAAUAUGAUCAGUCAAAUCUAUUGCUUUGCCGAAUGGAUGAUAAGCCUGCAGAUGGCGGAGGAGAUAUUUGGAGCGGAGUAGCAGUGAGGUCUCCUUUGUGCAUUGAUAUACGUAAUCUUCAGGUUUUUCAAGGUCGGUGGAAAGAAAGCAGGGACAAAAUCACAGCUGUCCUUCGAGGGAAUUGGUGUGUCGGAAAAAACAAGAAAGAAAUUGUGUUGAAGCGUCUUAAAGCUGAGCACAGUGAAAAACUCGCGGAAUUUUUAGGCUUAGCAAACAAGUGGGUUUUUUUGGACUCCAGUUGUAUUGUCAAAUGCUAUGGUGUAACUCUAUCAAAUCCAGCUGCUCUUGUACUUGAGCAUUUACCCUUGGGUCCUUUGGACGAAUAUCUCCAAGAUUGUGCAAAUAGAUCAACAAUUAAAGAAGUAGAUCUUGUCGAGGCAGCUACUUAUCUGGCGACUGCUUUGUGGCAUUUGGAGGAGAAAGGAAUUGUCCAUGGGAAAAUUCGUUGUCAUAAACUACUAGUCGCAUCUCAUACCAGUCAAUCUUUUGUGAUACGUCUCUCUGAUCCUGGAUUCCCUGUCCCUUACAACACUCAUGAUCUUCACUGGUUACCACCAGAAUGUUACCAAUUAGUUGAAUCUGCUCGCAUCUCCAAGUUCGCUGACAUGUGGGCUUUUGCUACUACAUUAUGGGAGAUAUUUUCCUUUGGAGAGUCUCCGCCGCCAUCAACUGACAGUUCCUCUCUUAAAAAAUUUUAUAUGUCCGGCAAACGACUUUCAAUACCUAAAAACUGCCCUCAAUGUAUUUACCAACUUAUGUUAGAGUGUUGGAAUUUUGAUCCGCAUUACAGGCGUGAGCCCCAAGAAGCCUUGCGAGAUAUUCAUCAACUUCUCUACCAAGUUUUUAAUUCGAGAAAAACGCACUCAUAUGCCACUGUUUUUCCAAAAAAUAUUCCUGUCAGCAAUUCCUCUGGCGGGACGUACAACGACGAGACCAAUUGUAGCAUCAUGUCAGAACAAACAGCCAAUACUUUCCUUUCGUACUCAGAAUUAGACGAUACGGACUCAAGUAGAGAUGUAUCCUCGGCUGGUUGGGGUGAAAGCACCUGGUUAUUAAAUUAUCAACAGGGUCAGAAAGCAAAUCAGUUGGAUUUUUUAUCAGAUUCUUUUUUCCUAAAUCCCUCUUCAAAUGAGCUUGGUUUUGGAAUGCAAAGUAUCUUUGAAUUAGACGGAGAGUACAAUGUCGUCUUACAAGGCCGAAUUGGACAGGGUUUCUAUGGAGAAGUAUACAAAGGUCUAUUAGAACAUGUUGUCAAAGAAGUUGAACCCAAAAUUGUUGCUGUAAAAAAACUGAAGCCAAGUGCAGUGCCGUCAAUAUUGCAAGACUUUGAUCGAGAAAUUGCAAUAAUGAAGACCUUGAAACACCCAAAUAUUGUAUCAAUAGAGGGAGUCAUCCAGGAACCAGAAUACUGUCUUAUCAUGGAAUACGUUCCCUACGGAUCGCUGCAGUGUUAUCUUAAAAUUCACGGAGAUGUUCUACGCAAUGAGUGUGAAUCCCUCUUCCUCAAAUACGCUCUUGAUAUUUCCAGUGGUAUGGAAUAUUUGAGUAGCAGAAAAAUCGUUCAUCGAGACUUAGCUGCACGGAACAUUCUAGUCGUUAAUCAACGAACGGUGAAAAUAUCUGAUUUUGGUCUGGCUCAGUUCACCGGCUCGAGUGAUUACUACAUCCUGAAAACAAACCGCGAUCUACCCAUCAAAUGGUAUGCACCAGAAUCGCUAAGUGCAGGCCGUUUUUCUCAGAGAUCUGAUGUUUGGUCCUUCGGUGUGACUUUGUUCGAAAUCUUCUCCUUUGGGGAUGAUCCACGAAUCACUGAGGCUGAGCUGCCGCAAGAAGAGUUGCUCGAGCAACAGCAAGUCUUGUUGAAGAAUGGAACAAGGCUGCCGUGCCCUGAAUGUUGCCCACAAGAAGUUUAUGUCGACAUCAUCUCGCCGUGUUGGAGGUAUGAGUCCAAGGAUCGGCCAACGUUUUCUGAUCUAGUCUGCUCCAUUGAAAAGAUCUGCUCUCAAGGUAUUCCUACGGGGAAUAAUUUAUUCAACAUGUUUUCUAAAAAAAACCAGUCGGAGGGUUCUAAGUCACAGUGUCGAAACUGAAAAAUGUGAUGUUUGGUAGAUAGUGAUACUCAAAACUUUACAGGGUUGCCACAGUCAGAGAAUACCGGGAAAAUCGGGAAAAAGUCAGGGAAAAUUAUGAAAAUGUCGGGGAAAAUGACGAUAAUGUCAGGGAAAAUGACCAAAAUUUCAGGGAAAAUUUUUUAAAUCACCUUUACUCUCUUUCUAGAAUGGGUUUGAGGUUUCAAACGACAAAUUUUGCCUGAAAACUGUUUUCAAUCAUGUCUUAUUAACCAUCUGUCAUAUCCUCAAUUGUCAGGGAAUUUCACCAAAAUGUGUUAGGAAAAUCAGGGAAAUGUCAGCGAAUUUCAUUUUGCAAAUUCUGUGGCAACUCUGACUUUUGAAAUCUUCUCAGGCAAGAUUGAUUUAAAGCUCAAUUUUUCGUAGUCAUGAACUUAAUUUAUCAGUCUAUAUUAUUUUGGGGCACAUUAAUUCUUAUGCAAGUAGAACUUGCAAUACUUGUCUUACUUUUUCUACUUUUUUAGUCAUUUCUACGGUGGCACUUGGCAGCCUCUUUCAAUUUUAGGUUUUAUUCAUCCUACAAACGAAAAUUCCUAAUCUUGGUUAUCUUGACCACUAAUACACAGUACAAGCCAGAAAUUUUUUUAUUUUCAUGGUUGCAAAGUUAAAAUAUUUUAGAUACUUAGCUCUUAGUAUGUUCAACAAUCAGCAUUGAAUAUUUAUCAACAAUUGAAGGUUUUCGUUCAAGUGGGGAAACGCCUUCAAACCUAAGAAUAAGUAAGAAAAAAACUAUUUAACCUGUGCUGCUGGGAAGUAAUUCAUUUCAUUGUCAUGUUCUUUUUUAUGUAAUUCUCUUAUGUCUGAAAUGAGCUUGGCAAAGAGGAAAGUCUUUUUCACUCAAAGAAAUGGAAAAGUCGUUUUUUUAACAUUUUCCUGGGUGUGCCUUGGUAAGUCAAAAAACUGGGCGCGCACCUUGGCACUUAUUGUUAGACCACAAAGUAUAAUCAUGCUUUUCCAGCAAUACUUAUGAGUUUUAGCUCGUCAGUUUGCAUUAUUGUUUUAUGUGACCUAUUUUUGCAUGAUUUUUCUGUCUUAUUUUUUUCAUUUUCAAGGAUAUAACCUCAGUUAAAUCUAUAAGUUUUUGAGGAUUUAACACAAGUAAUUAUUUUAAGAACUUGUUACAAAUGUCAAGACAAAACAAAUUCAGAAAAAAGGGAUUUAUUUUGGCAGAAAUUUUUUUGAUUAAGGGUAAUACCAUAAUUACUAGCAUUGACAUUAAAUAAAAAGAAUAUGCAUUGAAAUCACUCCUCAUCCUUUUAUAUUGACUCAGCUUUGAUUGCAAACGUUUCUCUCGCAUUCCUUGCAGACUGAUUCUGUUUGAUUAUUUUUCAAGUCAAAAAGCAUUACGAAAACAUUUCUAAACAAGCGUUAGAUGCACCUGAUCAUCAGAUGUUUUCUGUUUGCUCAGAAAACUUUCAAGAUUUUCGGCGGAGUACAAACUUUCGCCUUUUCCCUCGGAUGGUCAAGUGCCAAGUUUUUCAAGGAGAAGAUUCCUUGUUCAAUUUCAUUUGAAUGAUUGAUAUUAUAGAGGAAUCUCAUGUUGCUUGGCAUAAAAGUUGAAUCAAUUCUGUCUCAUCAAUUUUUGUUACUACAUACUAUUGCAUUAACCCAUGUCACUGCGAAUUGAGGGGCAUUCAUACCUAACAUUCCCAGAAUGUCCUUUUUGUAGUGUUAGAGUAUGUCAACAAAAUGAUGUGACAAAUUGAUAUCUUCAUAAUUUUUAUGAAAAUUUUUCCAAUUUCCCAAUUUGCUUGCACCUGCAUUGCCUUUAUGAGCUGCAGGUGUGCUUUCAGAAAAAUUUUUGCAGCUAAAUUCUUCAACUGGUAUCUAACUGAAAAUCCUGAUAAAUUCUUUUAAGUUUUAAAAAUAAAAAUUUUAUCAAUGGAGUACACAUUAUUGGGGAGACACCAAAAACUGAUGAACUGCUUCUAAAGCAGAUAAAUUGAAUCGCUUUUCUGUAACGUUUCUGAAACCAAUUUUUUUACCUUGGGGAUACAAUGCAUUUACUGUUUGCUCAAUGAACAGAAAAAAUGAAAGCUCCUAUGCUGAAAAUUCUGCAGCUUUUGCAUAAAAAAUUCCUUAUCUUGGGACCGCAUCAUGCAAUUAUGUUGAAUACUUACUAGAAGUGAACAUAAGCUCUCAAUUAUAACAAAUGCUCUACAUUUCUGUGAAACAAACUUGCGCCCAGUUAAGUCAAGUCAUAUCAGUUUUCAAGGGUUAUUGAACUGCCCCAUUUUCACCUUUUUUAAGAUUUUUCUCUUGAAAACAUCUUUAAUGAAAAUCUUGAAACAAGUUUCAGGAUCAAAAGUAUAUAUUUGAAUCUGCUCAUACAGGGAAUAUUUUGUCUGUUUCCACCUACUGGAUCCCAUCUAGAUUGCACUGUUUUAUAGUUAUCCUAUCUGGGUAACAAUGGAAACUAGUGCCUUGUGCCUUCUAAAAUAUGCACUUUUCAGUCAUCCUUUUACAAAAAAUUAAUUUUUAAGUGUAUUUAACAGCUACGCUCAACAAAAUUACAUGAAAAAAAAAAAAAAAUUAAGAAUUGUCGCAACUUAUUAAUGCUAUCCCCAGGAAUCGGCAGAGGAAUCUUAGUCUGCAGAGAAAAAACCCGGCAGGUUGAUUUUCGUCAUGUUGGUUCGAAAAUCGGAUUUUGAGAUUUCGCCAGGAAACUGUCCGUAGUUUUUUAAAAUUAUGUUUUGAGAGGGUCAGGUAUUUCAUUCUUGUGCCAACUAAGAUUGCUGAGUUGCUGUAUAAUUAGGAGGUUCUGUGUCCUGAAACUGGCAUAUUAGAAUUAGGAAUAAAUUUCAACUACCUUGUUUGAACUAGAAACUUCAAUCCACCAUGAUUACGGUUUGGUUCAACAUUUUUUGAUUUUUUUUCUUUCGAAAUGUUCAUGAAUCCCUCCGCUUUGCAGUAACAUGAAUUGCUCAAUUUUGAGAAUAAGUUUUUGCGGCCUGUCCAUAAAGUAUGUUACAUAUAUAUCCUCUAAUUGGGAUUUUUUCAAUCCCCCUCAAAACACAGGGUAUAGGUGCGCAUUCUGUACUCAGUUCUUGUCGUUCUUUAUUUAGCAGCCGAAUGUAAAUUAGACUAGUAUUUCUCUCCAACAAUUCAUUUUCAAAAAUCAUUUUUUGUUUGAUCUCAGUGUUGUAUGUUUAAUGUGGUCGCUUAGUACUUCCUCUAUUUUUGUAAUAUCUGACCAUAUUUAUGUCUGUACGAAUCUUCAUUAGUUUAAGCUUGAUGUCAAUUGAUAUUUUUGUGUACUUUACUUUUUUUUUAGCUAUUAGUAAGUUAACUAUUCGUCUGAAUCUCAUAUUUUGUACCAAGAAAAGAGAGAAUGAGCAGAAGGCGGUGAAAGUCUUUCUAUGUUCCAUCAAAGUAUCUCAAUCUCAAGAUGCUCUCAAAGAGCCUUCGCACUAGAAAUGUGCUUUGUCAAAUUCAGUCGCUGGGUUGAGUGAUACUUUGUGUAAACAUAAUUUCAAAGUUAGGUUGGAUUAUCUUUGUACUUGUUCAGAAUCUUGACGAUAGAAAUCUUCUCAAAAUGUGCAAUACGAUUUCGGGAGUGAUGCAAAACUCAAAAUAUCAAGUUCAAUUGUAUCUUCUCACAAAUUCUGAAAAUUCUCUCAAACGAAAUAACUUUUUUCAAUUUCAUCUUGAUGACCAAGGAUUCUGAGACAGUCAAAGUUUCCAAUCCAUGAUCUGUGUUUUUAAGUUACAUAAGAAAAUAAUGUGUUCUCCUAUACGUGUUGAAAAAUGAAAGUAAUCCUUUGCAUUAUGACGGUUUCAUCUUUGCAAGCGGUUUUUGCCUCAUCUCUGAAACUCAUUGAGUCAGUUGUCCAUCCAAAAUUCAAGAGGUGCAGAAAAUUUCAGGCAUUCCUCCGAAUUCAGUCGGAUCCUUCCCAUAUUUCACCUGAAUUCAUAAUCAGUGCCCCCCUUAAGACUUAAAAAGGAAGACAGCUUCUCACCUUCAAGAAAUUGAAUUUCUCCCACCCUGAAAGCGUCAUAAAACGAAGAAGUUUUUGACUAUGGGUCAGUUGCGCCGGUCAAAAAAUCGUGUUUUGAUGCCUGAUACUUGUAGAUUAGCCAAGAAUAAUAAGAUGGCAAAAACUUCUAAACGGCAACUUUCUACGUUCGAUGUUAAUGGAGAUAUCGCCCUUUGAAAAGUCGGAUUUUUGACAUCAUCCACCGCGGUAGUGACUCCCUUGGUUUCUUCCACCUUGCUUUUAUCUGUCAAUUUGAUGCACAUUUGCAUUAGUUACUUAACGCAAAACUUGGAUGAAAGCAAGGUGGAAGAAACCAAGGGUGUCACCACCGCGGUGGAUGACGUCAAAAACCCGACUUUUCAGAGGGUGAUAUCUCGGCUGAUAUUGAACAGAGAAAGUUGUUGUUUGGACAGAUCUUAUCAUUUUUAGCUACUAUACAAGAAUCGAGCAUCAAAACACGAUUCUGUGAUCAGCGCAACUGACCCAUUCAACAACUCACCCCCAUUUUUUGUGUUACUGACAUGGCUUCCCCCAUUUUUUCGUUCUCACAGGGUUUUCCCUACUUCACAAGACUUUGUGGUAAAUUGGUCAAAACAUGUCUGCACUCUUGCGAAAUCGCACUCUUGUAAAUAUUCCAAAUUGAGGCUAAUCAUCGUGUAGCCAAAUGAUCUGAAGUCUGCAAGGGUCGAUUUUGUCCAUAGAUUUUAAGUUCCUGAUGAGGAGAUGGAAAGUUUAAGGGUCUCAAGGUCCUCCCCAGAAGAGGUCUUCCUCUGAGGGUCUUUAAGAGAAAGUGGUAUAGAGUCUCUGAGUUAGGUUGUGCGAUACCUAUCUUUUUGUUUUUCUCACAAAAACAUAAUCAAAUCUCGCUUUGGAGGUGCAUUCUUACACAUUUUCACACUCUCAAAAAAAUCUGAUGAUUUGUAACACUUUGUCGAUGUCUUGAUCCUCUAAAAUGUUUAAAAAUUAUUACAAAUAAGCACUGGUUUGUCCUGGAUCGUCUGCAUCAAUCAAGAAAUUAUCAUCGUUACAAGUCCCUAUACUGGUAUACAGUUCCUUUUGCUCAGUAAAAUUUUUUAUUUGAAGUUCUAAUCUGUUUGUCUUUUCGCUUUCUUGGCUCAACCAUUGGUAUCUAUAGCUCAUUUUAUACACAUUUGUAAGACAGGUAUUUUUAUACCUAACUCAUCGAGACUAACUAACUGACUAACUCGAUAACAAAAGACAUAUUGCUGUUACGAGCGCUGAAAUAUUCUUUUCACCAGCACAUUACCUGGUUGAUGUUUGUACUCAAAAGCAAAAUAGAAACUAAUCAUGCAAGCAGUAGCUUGUCAUGUUUGUUUCUUUCGCAUGCAGUUUUAAGGGUUACUCAGGUAAUGUGUGAGUAAGAAAGGAAAUUACUAGGGCUGUGCGAUUAAUUAAACGUUAAUCGUAAUUGCGAUCAAUAUUUUUAAUUGUAAUCAAGAUCGAAUUGAAAAAUUAACCGUGGUUGAGCUGAUUAAUUUACAUUCAUAAAAUUUUGAAUUUCCCUCCGCGUUUGUUCGAAUUUGCAUCACUACCCCGCUGCUAGCUUCUAGCGGUAAAAAAUUGCAAUAAAUGUAUGACAACCCCGUGAAUAUAUCCGCACCGGGCAAGUUUCAUGAUACUUAUGAUGGAAGAGACUGGCACUACAUGAAAUUAAAAACAAAACAAAAAUUGUUUGCCGGUGGACGGACAUACCUUCUUGCAAAUUUUACGAGGCCAACAUUAAUAACUCUGCCUCAUGCUGUGUUUGUUCUCUCUUCUCUCAAGGUCUAGUUUAUUUUGGGCGGAAAGGGUCUUUUAGAAAAAAAGACAAUGCGUCAACCUUAAGAAGGAGAAACAAAAAUAUCGAAGUAUCAGCUUUCGCAGUCUCAUGAAAAAUUCUUCAAGAAUUCAUAUAUUUUAACUUCGUUUUUGGUCAUAAAAGCCCAAUGAAAAUGAAGAUGCCAAAAUUUAAUCAUUAUUUGCCUUUUCUCAAUUUCAAUCAUAAUCCUGAUUAAUUUCGUUAAUCGUAAUCGAAUUCAAAAAUCCUUACUUGCACAGCUCUAGAAAUUACAGCACAAGUUCUGACUUAGUGUGUGACCAAAUCGGCCUCAUAAAACUAUCGCCAAUCUACUCUCAAUUAGGAUUGCUUAGUUUAAUGUUGUAUCUUCUAAAAUGUUGUGAUUUUAUGUCAUUAGACUCUAGCAAAGGUGCUGAGUAAUGCUCAAUUUUUAUGUUUUCUAAUUGUUAGAUGUUUUUUAAAUAAAAUUGUUUAUUUCUACCUUUCA